UAUUUGCGUGGCCAAGUUGGGUCGCCGAUCCGACGAGGUAUAUAUAGUGGCUGCGUGGGUCGCCAUCUCGAGUCAGUGCCGCGGAGAACUGCCUGUUAGCUGGAUCUACUUGGGCCACUGAAUUGAGCAAUAACUGAGAUAGUUGAGAGAUGGAACGCUGGCAGGAUCGCGUGGCCGUGGUCACAGGGGCCAGUUCUGGGAUCGGAGCCGCAGUGACCCGUCAGCUGGUGGGCGCCGGGGUCAUCGUGGUGGGCCUGGCCAGGCGGGUGGACCGCAUGGAGGCCAUCAAGGAGCAGCUGCCGCCGGAGCUGCAGUCCCGCCUCCAUGCCAUCCACUGCGAUGUGGCCGAUCUGGACUCGGUGACGGCCGCCUUCGACUGGAUCGAGGAGCAGCUGGGCGGCUGCGACAUCCUGGUGAACAACGCCGGCUGCCUGUUCCCCGGCCAGCUGCUCACCCUGGAGCUGGAGCAGCUGCAGCAGGUGCUCAACGUGAACCUGAUGGGCGUGGUCAUCUGCACGCGGCGCGCCUUCCGCUCGAUGCAGCAGCGCGAGGUGGCCGGUCAUGUGGUGCUCAUCAACAGCCUCACGGGUCGCUCGAUCAUCAAUCCGCCGGGCGAUGAGCUGCAGGCCCUCAACAUGUACCCGCUGACCAAGCACGGGAUCACGGCCUUGCUGGAGGUCCUGCGACAGGAGCUGCGCGGGUUCAAGACCCAGAUCAAGGUCACGAGCAUCACUCCAGGUGUGACCGAUACGGAUAUCCUGCCUUCCGGUUUCGAUACGCUGCCGAUGCUAAAACCGGAUGACAUCGCAGCGGGCAUUAUGUACGCCCUGGCCACGCCCCCUCAUGUCCAGGUCCACGAACUGACCAUCAAGCCGCUGGGCGAGCCCUUCUGAAUCCCUCCGGGAAUGACAUAAUAAUAAUGGCAUAAUGAUGAAUAAUAAUGGUGAAGUGCCCACAUUUCAGCGAAUAUAGUGAUGACCAAAA